CCCGCCCCCCGCCUUCAUAAAUACUCAGAGCAAACCUUUGCUUCAGUAGUUGAUCUUCAAACCCCCGAGGAGGAACAUACUGUAGAUCCAGCCAAAAUGAGGUUCUCCGUCCUGCUCACCGCGGUCCUUCUCGCUCUCCUGCACAACAGCACAGCCUCUCUGUUCCUGAAAGGUCCUACCGAAACCGUCCUGGAGGGAGAUAGUGUGACUCUGGAAUGUCUGGACUCGGAUUCCGAGCACAAUAUGACUUUGGUGUACUUUGAGAAGAUGUCGAGGCAUUUUCAGAUGUGGCAUCGGCUGGAUGGGUACGGAUACGGGUACGGACACUAUUAUCGCCGCUGUUUCUGGAACGACUUGGACGUGAUGAGAGAAGAUGGCCGUCUGAUUCUUAUGUUGCCAAGAGUGCAGUACUGGUAUUCUGGAAUGUAUCGCUGUGUGUCAUACAACACCUCUGACCUGAACAACUCAUCACUGCCUUAUAAGCUAACAGUGCACUAUAUGCGAGAGGUCUCGGUGAGCAGACCCAACACCAACGUGGUCUCUCGCUACCUCGCCCCACAGGAUGACCUGCGUAUACGGAUAGGGGAAGACGUGGAGCUGAACUGCUCUACCACCGCCUCUGAGACUCCUCAAUACUCCUGGCUCAAAGAGGGAGAAGACUGGAUGGUUCCCUCCAGUACGCUAAAGCUGAAGCAAGUGAGGGAGCAGGACAGUGGGCAGUACACCUGCACGGCUCAGCACCCAUCUGUGAGCUCUCUCUCCAAGAAACGCACCAUCCACAUCACUGUCCUCCCAGAGGACGCCGCAUGGUACGAAUCGACGACUGGACGCAUUUUUCUCAUCAUGGGUGCAUCAGUAGGGGUUCUCGCGAUCAUCGUUUUCUCCAUGGCGGUGUUCUUGUGCAACCGGGCCAGACAGAACAAGAGCAAGGGGCCGAUUGAUGACCACUCCCAGAAGAAGCCUAUCUACAAGAACAGCGUGGAGUCUCUGACUUCCACCGCUGGAGACAAACAGCCAUUGGUGUAAUGAGUGAGAUAGAGAGAGAAGAGAGGAGAAGAGGUGAACAGGGAGCGUUGAGGUUUUGGAGGGAAAGAGCCUGCUAGAUUGGAUGAGUGAAACCCAGGCCGUGAAUUGAAUUAAAGACAGUAGGAAAAAGGGUGUGGGGAAAAUGCUAGACAGAGACGAUUGUUUUGUAAUAAUGGCUUCAAUUUUAGCAGGUUUGCAGCUGUACUCCUCAACAAAAGCUAGCAAUUUUCUCUCGAUUGAUUUCACAACCAAACUAAAUUGAGAUUCACGCUUGUUGUCAAAAGCAGGGAGCGACUAUGCCGGUGUGAGCUUUAAAUCUCUGAUCUUUUUUCGAGAUAUAAUCCCCACGCGAAGCCUUUCCUAUUAGUCAUUCUUCUACCCUUGAGUUGUAAACAAGUCACUUUCGCUAGCGCCGUUCUGUUCGACAAUCAUUCUCGUGUGCACAGUAUAACUUUAGGUGAAGAGUUUAUCCUUGUCUUCUCGGUUCUACUUGACAGCACCUUUCGCAAAUGACACUGUAAGUCUAGAUUAUGAAAAAAAUAUAUGAUUUGCACUUUAAAUCUUUUGCACUAUCAUUCCUUUGUACUUUUUUGAGGUUAAUUGCAUUAAAACUCUUUUCAAAUACAUAAAAAAAAAA